GAGAGGGCGAUCGGAGGCAGGGCGAACGCGGCUGCGAUGUCCUUGACGGCGUCGACGACUGGUUGGCAUGACCGACUUCGAGACGCGGCAUGGGGCAGCGCGGAGGAGUGGGCGAUGAGCCGCGAGCUGCCGCGGAGGAUUUCCGACAGGGCGCCGCAGUGCCACCGAGAGGCCCGCAACCUGAAGAUGCGCGCCUCCGACGCCGAGUCCGCUUUCGAGCGGCUGGCCUCGCGAGUAAAGACUGGGCCGCGCGCGGCCAUAGUUGUCUCGAUCGGCGACGAGGGAGCGCCAGAACGAGGGGAAGUCAUGCUCGUCGCGAGCGGCGAAGCGUCUCUGCCACCAGCGGGGGCGGAGCCAUGCGACAUCGAGCCGGCAUCGCCGAUGGCCGGGCAUUGCUGCGACAGGUUCCGCGAGAAGAUGGCCCCGCCGCCGAGUCAGGUGGAAGAGGCGGACAUCGAGAACGCACGCGCCUGCGCCGACCCGAGUUUACGUCGCAAGUCGGCGAGGCUGGACUUCGCUGCGAGGCUCUGGGAGUCUGGGAUGCUGGGCUUCACCAGCGUCUGCACGUCGGAGGUGGCCGUGUUCUUCGCGAUGGGGGAGGCGCGCGACGACGGGGGUUUCGCGUUGAGGCCUGCGCGGGACCUGAG